GCAAAGGCGACACAGGACAACAACAAGGGAAGCCGCGAGGCAGAAUAAUAAUAUUGUUGCUGAGCUCUUUCACCUCACUCCUCACUCCACUCCCCACUCUUCUUCCAUUCAUCACAUACAUCAUCACCACCAUCAUCACCAUCAUCAUCAUCAAAUCAGCCGCAACAAGCAGUACGCAGAAGAAGACGCGGCACAAGAGAGCUUUGUUCAGCAGCUGCGGUGCUUCACUUUCUUAUUACCGAGAGAAGCGAGGGCCGCUGCGUCCAGCUAGCUAGCUUUGCUACUGCUGCUACUGCUGCUUCUACGCACAUCGUUGUAUCAUUGCCGUUGCACCAUUGCAUUCAUCAAGAGUAUCAAGAGCACGGUACGGUGGUCUACUACUAUCAGCUACGGUCGACAAGCUGUUGCACCUUUUGACCGUCUACACCUUGAGUCACGAGUCGCCAGUCCUGGGAGGGCACCUGGACCCACCAUUUGCAUUGAAGCCUUGAGCUAGGUUAGCUAUUGCUACUGUAUAAGCUUGGAUUGUUGGUCCUUCUAGCAUAGCUGAAGGGACCGCUCUGCUUUGCAGAUUCCAAGCCUGGAUCCUUAGCUACAAGAUCGCGGUAGAUCUACCCUACACAAGCCACACCUCUGGAACCCUAGCCAGCCAGCUGCCUCCUUCCACUUGGCUAUUAGCUAGACUGCUAUACUACCUAUAUACAAGCACACGACAAUAAUCAUGAUCCAGACACCUGCACACAGAUACAGAUACCGGUACCACCGUGUCCUUUCCCUGGGACUCCUUAGUGUCAUUGUUUGGUCUACUAGCCAAUUACAAGUCGUAUCUGGAAUUGACCAAUUGGCCUAUGAAGAAUCCAUUGUCACAGCCCCACCCAUGAAACCCGUUGUGGAUUUCACGCUAAGGGAUGACUUUUACGUGGGAAAAUGUGAACCUUGCAUUGCCCGCUCCGAAUACAGAAUACAAGUCAUUGCUCAUGGAACACAAAACGAUGUAUACUGGCAGCAAGUACAAACCGCAAUGCAGCAGGCAAGCAGAGAUACCAUGGUCGCUGUUUCCAUCACUCUAUAUAGUCCAACGCUGGACCAAAGUGAAAUAUACCUACGAAUGGCUAACUCUAUUCGACAAGCUGCCACGGCAAGCAAUAGUGACAGACCGGAUGCCUUACUCGUCACACUGCCAUCGGUUGUGGUACAUCAGGCCAUUACAGUGGCACUGGCGGCAGGAAUGCCCGUAUUUGGAUUUCACACGGGAUAUGAUGUCGCGCCCGCUUUGGGUGUAUUGGGAUUUGUGGCACAGCAUGAAACGCUCGCAGGACGAGUCGUGGCCGACGAGGUUAUUCAACUAUUACGAAGAAGGGAUGUCGCGGAAGCCAAGGAAAAUCGUGAAGUCGACAACACUGGCGACGACGACGAUAAAACCACAAUCGUAUUCAACAUGAACGACAAUUCUACCACCGCAUUCGUACCCACACUACCGCCCACCUCGGACGAACUGAUACAGCAACGGAGAGUCAUGUUUGUCAAUUCCGAACCAGACAAUAAACUCAUGCUAGAGCGAUACCAAGGAGUGCAAGAAAUUCUGACACAACAUCCAGCCAUUGUUCAGGUUGACACAAUCGACGUACGCCCCGUCGAUGUAUUCCAAUCCGUACAAACCGUGCAAGAGGAGGUAUUCAAGGACUGCGCAUACGAUGUCGUUGUCCUCAGCGAAGCGGCACUCGUCAACUUGGUCGAUAUCGUCACCAGUGCCAUGGUCGACCUGGGAUGCCAAGGCACUACCACAGUCGUGACAUUUGGAAUGUCCGAACAAAUUGUAGAAGCCAUUGUACAAGGACACAUUGCUUUCACAGCGGCGCCACAGCAUUACAUCGAGUCCGUAUUUGCCGUCGUCAUGACCAGCAUGUUCAUCACCACUGGUAAAAAGCUAUCUCUUCCCAAGGAUCGCAAAAUGUACCUCAGUGGACCCGUCAUUGUCACGCCAGACAAUGUACCCACAGACACAGUACAAACGUGUCGGGAACAAGCAUUUCCCGUCUGCAAUUUGGAAGGAGAAGCAUUUGAUCCCAUGACAACCACCAGUACUACAGGAAAGCUGGGAAAGUGCAACUUUCGAGGCUGUUUGCCACGUGAUACCAUUCGAAUCGGUGGGGUCCUUCAUGGAAUCACUACGGACUUGUUUUGGGAUCCCGUAUUUGCGGCCGCGACACAGGCCGCCGUAGACGUCGGAGUCGUACUCGAAUUGGAACGAUUAGAGCCACAAGAAACCUUUCAGAUUCUUCAUGCAAAAAUGGCAGCUCGAAUUCGAAAUCUCUGUGAAAGUGGUGUCGAUGGUUUGUUCGUUACGAUUCCCGAUGACACGGUGGCAGAGAGCAUUUUGUAUUGCAGGUCACUGCAUGUACCAGUAAUUUCCAUCAACGCUGGGGCUGAUCAAGUGGAAGAACUCGAUAUUUUGCAACACAUUGGACAAGAGGAGUACAACGCAGGUUAUGGUGCCGGAAAACGGCUAGUCCAGGAAGGCAUGAAAGAGGGAUACUGUCUUAAUCAUGCGCCUGGGAACAUUGUCCUGGACGAUCGAUGCAGAGGAUUUAGCGAUGCCAUUGAGGAACACCCCGAUGUGGUGUACCAUGGAAUGGUAGUGGUGGCAGACGACAACCAGGCAAAAUUUACGCAAGCGGUUGAAACAGCAGUAAUGGAAAGAUCAGGCAAUAUAGCCGACACUUGGGACGGCAUUGGUCUUCUUCUAGGAGGUGCCAGUCAGAUGGGCGAAGCGUUGCAUCUCCAUAGCCUCCACAUCAAUUCUGUUAUAGGAAGUUUUGACAUUUCCGAUAGUAUGUUCCAGGCAUUCGACGAGGGCUGGCUGAAAUUCGGCAUUGACCAGCAGCCCUUCCUGCAGGGAAGCCUUCCAGUCUUUUUGCUUGCAUACGCCGCGUACACGCAACAGAGUUUAGCCAAUACUGUAAUCGAGACUGGUCCUCGAUUUGUGGUGGAACCUCCGAGUGUCUACGAGGAGCGAUGUGAAUCCUCGUUCUUCUCCAUUUGCAGUAUCUUGCCAGAGGAGGACUUUCAACUGAUAAGCUCCUGGCUUUUGGCAAUCGGCUACACGUUUGUCGCCAUUACAACAUUCACUGCGUUGAUAUGCUUGGCUUGGGUGGUCUAUUAUCGAGAGAGGUCCCUUCUCGUACGAAUAUCGCAACCUCCGUUUCUGAUAACUCUGGCUUGCGGAUGCAUUGUAUCAAUCCUAUCCAUCAUUCCCAUGGGAGUCCAGACGGAAUAUCGGUUUGUCAAAGACGACAUUGCCACGGGAACGCUCACCGCCGAAGAAAACGCCGAUAUCCAGACCGUUGAUGCGUCGUGUAUGCUUGUGCCUUGGCUUAACAGCAUUGGAUUUGUCAUGGUCUUUUCGAGCUUGUUCAGUCGGAUCUGGCGAGUACAGAUGAUCUUCAAAGCUGGUGAAGCCCUCCGAAGGCGAACUGUGUCGCUGAUCGACAUCGCGCCGUAUGUCGCAAUCAUGUUCGUGGUUGUUUUGUCUUUAUUGAUUGCAUGGCAAGCUGUUGAUCCGUUUCAAUGGGGGCGUGAAGUCCUGCUGGUAGACAACGAUGGAUACGUUUUGGAAUCCACUGGCAGAUGCACCUCUGAUACUGGGUGGUACUUCUGGAUUGCAAUUUUGGGUUUCCAGAUUCUCUGUGUUUUCUACGCCUUGGUGCUGUGCUUCCAAACAAAACACAUCCAAGACGAUCUCAGCGAAAGCAGCAAUACGUUUCUUGCUGUGAUCUGCAUCUUCCAAGUAAACGUUAUUGCCUUACCUAUCAGUGCUAUGGUUCAAGACGAUACGGAAGUGUUCUAUUUCGUCCGUAGCUGCGCUCUUUUCUUGCAGAAUUACACUGUCUUGUGCCUCAUGUUUUGGCCCAAAAUGUAUCGCACCUUUACGGGCAGUGACGGCCUGCCUCCCAUGUCGAGUUUGAGAGGUUCAGCAAACGGCGGCCCUACCAUGAGGAGCGGCAAUCGGGUUAGCUUUCACAUACCGACCAAUGACCAAAUGGACAACAGCAACAUUUCAACGCCAUUCGGGUACGGAGCCAACGACGUUUCAUCUAGCAUGACUCGUGCAAGGAUGAAAUUCAAAGACAGCAGCGAUCAGUUUGAUUUUGGGAAGGAGAGAAGACCUACUUCCCCGAUAAAUGGUAUGCGCAAGUUGGCUCCCGCUGAGGCGGCUGCUAUGGCGAAUCAUUCCGAGUCAGGUAUGAUGAUGGCAGCGCCAGGGGCUAUGAUGGCAGCCACAGCUGAGGCUGCUGCGAGGGCAAACGCUGCUUCGGCAGCUGCGCGGUCAGGCAGUGUGAGCUCAGGUGCAGGUGUAAUGUCUCAUGAGCCCGGUGCGGCGAUCCCUGCUUCAGAGCCAGGUGUCGCUAUGCCAGCCGCAGAGUCGACAGCACCUUUUGCAAGUCCUGAACCAGGAUCGAAGACUGGAGCCCCAGAAGCAGGAAGGGCGACCAUGCCAAGUGCUGAACCAGGUUCGAUGAGAAGAACCCGAGAGGCAGGCAGCAUGAUGGCAGCAACUGUAGAGUCAGCUGCAAGAGCGAACAAUGAAGCUUCCGUAAGGGGAAGCGUCGGAGAACCUGGGGCGUCUAUGUCUGGCGAGCCAGGUGCAGGAAUGUCUUUCUCCGAACCAGGGUCCGUGCCGUUUCUUCCUGGAAGAAGCAGGCUGCUGACGGCCUCUGCAAAGGCGGCAGCGAUGGCAAACCAUGCAGCUGCAUUAAGGGCAAGCUCUGGAGAGCUAGGGGCAUCUGUGGCUGCUGAGCCCGGGGCGGCGCUAACCCCGGAGCCGGGAUCCUUGAUGGCUACUCCUGGGAGGGACAGGAUGCUGGCCGCGUCAGCAAGGGCUGCAUCAACGAGAGAUCAACCCGAGCCAGGUGUAGUUAUGUCAGCUGAACCAGGAUCAAUUAUGGUCAGUCCUGAGAGGGCUAGGAUGUUGGCUGCUUCGGCCAGAGCCGCCUCUGCCUCGAUGAUAAACCACACUGAGCCUGGGGCCGUGACGUCGAGACAGGUGCCAGGUGAACCGGGAUCUACUAUGGCUACUCUUGAGAGGGCUAGGAUGUUGGCUGCUUCGGCAAGAGCUGCCUCUGCCUCCGUGACAAGCCACCCAGAGCCGGGGGCAGUGGCGUUAGGAGACGUGCCGCCAGAACCAGGAUCCAAUAUGGCUGUUCCUGUAAGGGACAGGAUGUUGGAACCUACUGCAGAGGCCAAGGGGAUGUCAAGCCACACCGUGCCUGAUCCGGAGCCAGGCAACGCCUCGACAGGACCGUGUGCAGGAGAAGAGAUAGAGGAAGGCAGGCUUAUGGUUUCAACUGCUGCGGCUGAGUCUGCGGCGAUCCCAGAUGAAGCAGAGCUCAAAAAGUCCGCAAAGGCGGAGGAACCUGGAAGACCCGUUCAAACAGAGGACGCAACAUCAGACCCAGAAGCUGGAAUGGCAAGGCUCCCUUCACCACCCCUACGUACAGACACUGCGUUGGAUACCAAAAUACCAGCAAAACGUCGUUCCUUGCCAAUGCAUACAGAAUUGUCAGAUUUGGACGAAGGAAGACAAGUGAACCCAGGAAUACAAGAGCAGACGCAUGGCGGGAUGUCUGAUUCUGACAGUUCAAUGCCACAGCACCCAGGAAUGCAGCACGGCAGAUUGGCUGGAAUGCACAGAACAGAAGGAGGACAAAUGGCACCUGGGAGGCAAGAGAGGGAAGGAAUGCCCGUACACCCUGCUAUGCAACAUCACCGGGAGGCAGCGUUGUCUGACUUGGAAGCCAGGAGGCCGGUCGAUCCAGCUAUCCAAAGGCAUUUCGGGGAAGGGGGCUCAGACUCAGAGGGAGGACCGCUUCUUCACCCAGGAAUGCGAAAUCAUGUUGAUGCAGGAAUGUCUGACUCAGAGGAAAGAACACCUGCACAUCCAGCUAUGCAACGGCACAUGGUAGAAGGAUUUCCUAGGCCGGCGAGCGGAGUACCGUCCCAUCCUGGAAUUCAAAGCCAACGAAUGCGAAUGCAAAGCCCUGCAGAGGAUGGCAUGUCUGAUUCAGAUGAUGGAAUGCCAUCUCACCCAGCAAUGCGACCUAAUGUGGAGGCAAGACUGUCUAGCCCAGAGUUAAGGUUGUCAGCUCACCCAAGAUUGCAGAGGCGCAUGAAGGCUGGGGUGACCCAAGGAAUGCCAGGAAACCCGGCAAUGCGACACCAUAUUGAUGCGAGAAUGCCAGACUCGGAGGAUAGAAUGCCUGUACACCCAGGAAUGCAACGCCAUUCGGAGGAAGGACUGUCCGACUCAGAGGAAGGAAUGCAAGAACACCCAGCAAUGCGAAGUAGCAUGGACAGAGCUUUGCCGGACCCAGAGACACUAAGGCGGGCACAGCAACGAAUGCAAAGCAACAUGGGUAGAGGUAUUCCCGGUUCAGGUGGGAGAAUGGCAAUACACCCGGCAAUGCGGCAGCGCAUAGAUGCCAGAAUGGCAGGCGAAGAAGUGCGAGGGCACCCUGGAAUGCACAGGUCAAGUUCAGAGUCCAGAAUGCCAGUACACCCAGCAAUGCGCCGUCACAUAGAUGCAAGCAUGUCAGGCUCAGAGGAAGGAGUUUCGGCUCACCCAGGAAUGCAGAGGCACUUUGACGAUGAAGGAGGCAUGUCAGUACACCCAGCAAUGCGUGGCCACAUUGGUGCAAGAAUGCCAGGCUCGGAGGAACGGGUGAGGGUUCACCCAGGCAUGCACAGGUCAAGCUCGGAGUCCAGAAUGCCAGUUCAUCCGGCAAUUCGCCCCCACACAAACGCAAUAAUAGCAAGCCCAGUGGCACGAGUACGAGUGCACCCAGGCAUGCAAAGGUCGCACUCAGAUGAAGGAUUGUCGGACUCAGAGGAAGGAAUACAAGGUCAUCCUGCAAUGCGACUCACGUCGAGCAACGAAACUCACAAUUGGCUCUACCCAGGAUUGUCUCGAGAGACUUCUGGCCCUGCAGAGGACACAGUAGUGGAACAGGUCGAGGCUGCAGUUGCCGUUGAGAAGGUCGAGAAGAGGUCUGAACCUGAAACGGAUUCGUCCACAACAGUGGAAGAAGGGAGUGAGCCAACAGAAGCACUAGUCAACGGCGAUGGCAAUUCGUGUCCGUUGGAUAAUCAGAAUUCGUCAACGACAAGGGAUGAUACUGAUGCAGUGUCCUCUGCUGCUGAGAGUCAUGAGGAAGUAACUGAUUCGGAAGCACAAGGCGACACAAAAGACAACAGUCAGCGCUAG